AUGGUACUAGCCAGGAGAAUUUUCAUUUACGAUCACAGUUUUAAAAUCGAGUAUGAGAGGGGGGCCACACGUCGUCACGCAUCUAUCAUAAUUGAGGACUGUGAUGAUCCUGACCAAAUGUGCAUAAUUGGUAUUGCAAUAAGUGAAGCCCGUCCGUGCCUAUUUGUUUACAGUAGUUCGAUCUCUGGUUCAACUUUCCCAUUUUUGGUUGUCAACCAGUUUGGAUACAAUUUCGGUUCGGGUACUGACUUUGAAAAUUUAGGGAAUGAUGUAGAUUAUUUCGAUAGAUUUGUUACCGAUAGAGAAUUUGAAUCUGAACUAGUCCAAAACCAGGGGAAAGACCUUGGACGUAUGAAUCAAAUUUACAAUGUAAGGCAAUCAAUCCGGAGAGAAGAGAUGGGAGGUAGAACUCCUCUUCAACACUGUCUGUAUAUGGCCACGGAGCACAAUUAUGUAGUCUGGACAGACGUGGAUAGUGAGGGGCAGUUGAGUAGAUUAUUGAUUGCGAAUCCAACAUCUAUCCAGAUGAUACGUUCUUGGCCCCAUGUUGUGUUGAUAGACACAACGUACAAAACGAAUAAGCAGAAGUGGCCCCAAUGCGAAAUCAUUGGAAUGACGCCAACAAAUCAUAACUUCUUGGUCGCGUUCUAUUUGAUGCGAGAUGAGGCAGUCCAGAAGCCCGACGUAAUCGUAACGGAUCGAGAUGAGGGGUUGUCUGCAGCUAUUAGUGUUGUAUAUCCAGGUGUACGGCAUUUAUUGUGCUUAUGGCAUAUAGGCAACGACGUGGAGAACAUGAUCGAUAAAUUGUGCGGCGGGAAGAAAAAUCAACAGGGGCAAAUAUUCAGGCAAGCAAAAUGGAACCCCUUAGUAAACAGUCUGACGAUCCCUGAAUUUGAAAACAGAUGGGAAGGGAUUGUGUCUUCUUGGUCGAUUAGGAACAGAAAGUACUACUUGGGUAGCGGUAACAGCUCAUUCGAUGCGCUAUUUAAAAGAGCACACGCACAAAUAACGAAUCAACAGUCAAGGAUAAGGCAAGCUUUGGAGGAAUCUAGGAAUUCCAUUUCAGGGACGUCGCGACUUAAUUUUCUCAGACUGUUGUAUCGUCAUGUUUUCAUAUUUGCAUUGGAACAAUUGAUGAUGGAGCACAACCGGAUGUCUAAUGGUGCUUUGUACUUGGACGAUAUACAUCCGUUUUGGAGAACGUUAAAGUACUUAGAGCCAGAAGAAGACGCCAGCGAAGAAGUACGACACGCAAACGCCGAUGAUAAGGAGUACUUUCAGUCGUUGGUGGAUGAAGUUUUAAGAGCCGACCCCUCAGUUGUACGGUGCAUGUCUCAGGUACUUGAACAAGAACUACACCCUGAUGGAGCAGAUAUGCCUGAGUCACAAGCAAAUGCUUCAUCAAGACGCGAUUUUUCACAUUUUCCGUGGCCAGAUUACAUUCCGUUUAUUCUUCCGCCAUAUCUGUUUGACUGGAUUGAUGUCAUCGGUGACGGUAAUUGUGGUUUUAGAACCAUUGCCGUCACAGAGUUAGGGGGCGAGGAAGCAUGGCCUCUUUUACGACGUGCAAUGAGUUUGAAAAUGGAAAAGCAUAGAGAGCAAUAUGAACGCGUGUAUCUAUCAGAUGAUUUGGUUGAGGAGAACAGGGGGAACGCAUGGCAUAAACAAACUUAUACAUAUUCUUUGGGUUAA